ACACACAUUUUUGUCUAUAUAAACACACACCCGCCAAGACCUCUACACAUACUACAUUACAAGAUAAUUUGAAACCAUUCUCUCUCUAAUAUUACUUGCUCACUCAAUCAACUUCACUUUCUUGAUUUGCUCAAUUCCAGAUCAUCCCUAUCUUCUGUAAUUAAGACAUGGGUUCUUUGCAGAAGAGUGUUCUUGUGACUGGAGGGGCUGGUUUUAUUGGCACACACACUGUACUUGUGCUGCUUAAUCAGGGCUAUAAGGUCUCUAUUAUCGAUAAUCUUGACAAUGCUGUUGAAGAUGCUGUCUCUAGAGUCAGGGAUUUAGUGGGUUCUCAGCUUUCUCAGAAUCUUGAAUUUCAUUUGGGAGAUAUCAGAAAUAAGGAUGAUUUGGAGAAGCUAUUUUCGAAAAAUAAGUUUGAUGCUGUCAUCCAUUUUGCGGGGCUUAAGGCUGUGGGGGAGAGUGUUGCUCAUCCUUUCCGUUACUUCAGUAACAAUUUGGUCGGAUCAAUCACUUUGUAUGAGACAAUGGCCAAGUAUAACUGCAAGAAGUUGGUUUUUUCAUCCUCCGCAACAGUUUAUGGGCAACCUGAGAAAAUUCCAUGCGUUGAGGAUUUCGAGUUACAAGCCAUGAAUCCAUAUGGGCGCACUAAGCUUUUCCUUGAAGAAAUUGCUCGGGACAUUCAGAAGGCGGAUUCAGAUUGGAAAAUCAUUCUGCUAAGGUACUUUAAUCCUGUUGGGGCCCAUGAGAGUGGCAAAAUUGGUGAAGAUCCAAAGGGCAUUCCAAACAAUCUUUUGCCUUACAUACAACAAGUAGCUGUGGGCAGAUUACCUGAGUUAAAUGUAUAUGGUCAUGACUAUCCCACACCAGAUGGUACUGCGAUCCGCGAUUACAUCCAUGUUAUGGAUUUAGCAGAUGGUCAUGUUGAGGCACUUAAGAAGCUCACAUCAGAUGAUAUAGGUUGUAUUGCCUACAAUCUGGGGACUGGCCGUGGUACAUCUGUGCUUGAAAUGGUUGCGGCAUUUGAGAAAGCAUCUGGAAAGAAAAUCCCUUUAAAGCUUUGUGCAAAGAGGCCUGGAGAUGCUACCGCUGUUUAUGCAUCAACUGAGAAAGCAGAGAAAGAGCUUGGUUGGAAGGCAAAGUAUGGUGUGGAGGAGAUGUGCCGUGAUCAAUGGAAAUGGGCAAGCCAGAACCCGUAUGGAUACAGAUCCAAGCCUGAAUAGCAACACCAAAAGAAAUACACAGCGUCUGCAAAAUGGUUACCGAACCCCUUACAUACUAGAAAGGGUUUGCUAAGCUUCUCCAGAUAUGCACUAUACUGUCAAUUUCUUUUCUGUGAAUCAAAAUGGUUUACAAGAAAUUUGUGAAUGCAAAUAGAAUAAUACCAGUGAACUGAUGUGAAGUUUGUGAUAAACAAUGUUUUACCAGUUAAUCAUGGAUCCUUUGAAUA